UUCACACACCAGAGAUUCAAAACUGAAGAGCUGCUACAUAUUCACGUUUCUUUUUUAGCUCUCGUGUCCGUCGUUUGUAUUUCUGUUGAGCACUCUGUGGCUCACAGGACGUGUGAAAGGCAUUUCCGUGCUCUUCACUGUACAAGUGACAGAAACGUGUCACGACUGUGUGAACAUGAAACCCACCCACACCACGAGAAAUGGGCAGGAACAAUAUGUUCCCUAAAAUAUGGUUGCUCGCAGAUGACCAUCGUUGGUUCCAGUCUGUUAGAGGAAGAGCAUCAGCCCGCAACUACAGUUCAUCCGUUUCACCCUCAGUUACUGGGUCCAUGAUGAGUAAAAAGCUGCUAGCAGAUGUAGACUGCGGGGUGGACGAUGCUCAGGCCAUCAUGUUGGCGCUGGCCGCCCCAAACGUGGAGCUCCUGGGUAUCACUUGUGUGCAUGGAAACACCACAGUGGAGAAUGUGUGUAAGAACACACUGCGCGUUCUGCAAGCCUGUAAUAAACUCGAGAUUCCAGUGUUUAAAGGUGCUGCUAAGCCUAUCCUUGGGAAAAGGAUUGAUGCGGGACACUUUCAUGGGCAGGACGGGCUGGGAGACGCUCCUGACCCCAACGCUCCUGCUCUGGACCUGGUUCAGAAGGAGGACGCUGUGUCUGCUAUGAUCAGGAUUGUCAAUGAAAACCCAGGAGAGGUAUCUCUGGUUGCCACGGCACCCCUCACCAACCUGGCUCUAGCUGUGAUGAUUGAUCCAUCUCUACCAAGCAAACUGCGAGGGCUCUACAUCAUGGGAGGCAACACUGAAUCUCGAGGAAACACCACAGUGUGUGGUGAAUUCAAUUUUGCUGCUGAUGCUGAAGCUGCUUACAUUGUACUGAAUGACUACCAGUGUCCCAUCUACUUGAUUUGCUGGGAGUUUACCUGCUACAGCAAGCUGUCCUGGGAGUUUUGUGACGCCUGGUUGGCACAGGACACAGAUAAAGCUCGCUUCAUGGCACGGAUCUUUCGUCACAGCAUCGAGGCGUCACAAAGCGAGCGCCUCCAGAAAGAGUUUGUUGCUGGCACAGGUUUUGUUUCCUGCGACUCGUACGCCAUGGCAGCCGCCGUAGACGACUCAUUCAUCAUAGAAAGCGACCAGUAUCCAGUCAGCGUAGAGCUGACGGGCACACACACCAGAGGCAUGAUGGUAGUAGAUACUGUAGACUUACUGAAGAAGACUCACAAGGCUUUCAUCGUUAAGAAGGUGGAUAUGGAGAUGUUCAAGCAGAUGAUGAUGGCUGCUUUGAAAUGACAGCAAGGACUGAUUUUUCACUUACUGUAUAUGUAGAACUUAAUUUUAUAGAAAUUGCUUUUUAAUAC